CCACACUCUUGUGUAUUUUUCGAGACGCAGAACGGAAGAUAUUUCUUAUCGCUAAAAAAUUAAGGAAAAAUGGAAUAUUCCAUCGUAUUUUAUAAUAGUCUUAUUAGAAAAUAGUUAGAACGAAUUGUGAAUACAAUAAAUUGACAAUUUCCUGUCGCAUUAAGCAAGGACGAAGGCUCAAAAGAGAAUGACAUAGAAGGCGAUAGAGCAAAGCGAACGAAAAGAAAAAUAAAUAUAAAUCCAACACACACACACACACGCACGCAAGCCAAAAAAAAGAAAAAAAUGUUUAUUAUCUCGCUCUCACACUGCUACCACUACUACCACUAUUGCGUCGGGCCAGUUAUCGACUUGGCAAUCUUCAUCUCCUAAAGCGACACGCGAAUACGAGUGUUUAACAGAAAAUUUGAUUUCGUUUCCUUAUUGCGCCCGCCUCGCUUUCGACACCCUCCUCUUCCACCCCUUGCUCGUACUCGGUAGAACAACAACAACAAGUGUAUAGUGUUUGUCCCAGUGUGGCCUGUACGGAGGCGCCGCUAGCAUUCCUAACAUGUCCGAGAAGCAUCAUUGGGCGAAAUCAGCGGCGCCAACAGCAGCUCCAAUUCCGGUUCCAGUUCCAUCGACAGCAGCCUCACUUCAAAGGGGGGUGACAGCAUCAGUUCAUCCUCAUCCUCAACCCCCCCACCAUCCCUCCUAUGGCAUUCAAGGAUUGGGUUUGAGUGGCGAAAUCCCUUAUACCUCUGGACGAUUUCAGGCUCCACCCAUUCAUCAUAAUACAAAUAAAUUAACAUCUCCGUUAACUAUUGUCCCAGUUGGGCCAGGCUUGGGAGCUGUUCCCCUGCAAGUCUCGCCCACGUCUCCACACACAAAUGUACCUGUAGCUGCACCCAGCGGCUUUGUGCCUCCUCCGUUUUCCAAUGCCAGUGCCGCUUCCAGUGGUCCAGUGGGAUCAAAUCAAGCAGUUGGUGGUGGUUCUUCAGUGCUUCAACCAAAUCCCUUUGCAUCGGCAGCCAAUAAUGCCGCCGGUUUGGCAUUUGUUAAUGCUGCUCUCAACUUUAAUCCAGCCCAGCAGCUGGAGCUUGGAAAGAUUAUGCAUGCCAUGCACGCGUCUGGAGCUGGCACGGCUACAGGACCGGCUGGUGCAGCAACUGCUCCAGUUAUUGCAACGAAUGCCCCUCCACAGAUAGCCCAGUCAAAUGUUCCAGCUACAUCAAGGCAUCCGGGAGAUGCGAGUGGCGUCUCUAGUGCCGCCAGUGCAGGAGUCAUCAAUUCUACAAUAGCAGAGAACGUGAUGAAUGCCAUGUCCUCGGAUGAUAAAAUGCAACGCGUUCAGCAGGUCAUUGAAUCCAGUUUGGACGACAAUGCCAAGCAUCAAAUCUCGCAGAUAUUGGAAGGAGUGGCCAGCUUAAAACCCAUAGAGAAACUCUUUCUAUAUUUGCGUCUACCCGGUGAGAGUUCAGACUCAGAUCCCUUAAGGCAACCACAAAAUCCGCUAGGCACUCGAUCGGAAAUAAAUCAUACCAUCAAUUGGGUCCGAUCUCAUUUAGAGCACGAUGCUCAGGUGUCCAUACCCAAGCAGGAUGUUUACAAUGAUUAUAUUGCCUAUUGCGAACGUUUGAGCAUCAAACCGUUGUCCACGGCGGAUUUUGGAAAAGUGAUGAAGCAAGUCUUUCCUGGCGUGAGACCCAGACGUUUGGGAACGCGUGGAAAUUCACGUUAUUGUUAUGCAGCAAUGCGUAAGACCACCAAGCUGAUACCACCGCAAUUGCCUCAGAUAUUUCAGUUGAAAGAGGAACAUUUUGAGGCUGGUGAGGAUGGGGUAACGCCAUCUAAAUCUGAGCUCCUGCCUGGCGUAGCUAGUGCAUCAUCUGUUGCUGAUGGCGGUGACGAUAGCAUAAAUAUUGUACGCGUUUGGGCGGAGAAAUUGCUCAAUACCAAACUGGGUAGCAUUACGGAAUUGGCCACACGCAUUCGCAGUAACAAUGCAACCAUAGUGGGUCAUCCAAAUCCAACUGGCAAGAAGUAUACACCCAGAGAACCCAAGGAGAAACGUCUACUGACUGAUAUGGGUCCAUUGAAAAAACGACGAAAGAAGAAACGCAAGGGUUCAACAUCAUCCGAAUCCAGUUGUCAUCAAUUAUCAGGGCAUUUAGAUGCAGGCAGCAGCCAGGAGGCUAGUCAAGAUGGUCUUAAGAUUAAACAGGAGAUUACCGAUUCGCCCAAUCAGACACAGUCGUAUAAUUAUGUAACUGGUCAACAACAGCAACAUCAAUUAUUGCCCAUGAAUCUGGCACCUACGGAGCCAAGAAGCAACAACAAUAACAAUGCUGUUCGUAACUUAACACCGAAAAUUAUGGAAAUGUCACCACCAGUUAUCAAAAACGAGGUGGAGGAAUAUAAUACAUCCAAUAUAUUUUGUAAAAAAGUACUCAAGGCUCAACAAACCAAAGGAUUUUGGGCCAAUUCACCAAGCAGUGGGGGUUCAACAGGAGGCGGAGGCGUUGCUGGCGGACUAGUUCCACCAGUAAUAACAACAACAUCGGCCACACCACCGCCAACAAGCGGGCAACUGUCUAUGGGGCCACCCUUGCAAAUGGGCAGCUCAAUAAGUCCAUCGAGCAGUCUUACAGCUGGCGGUGGCGAUGCAAGCUCAGCCACAUCCGCUCCCACACCCACACCAAAAGUAGCUUCUCGUAACAGCAUGAUGCUGUUACGUGCCAAACGAUUGAUUGCCGCCGAAAAUGCAGCCGCUUUGGCCGCCGCUGCUGAGGAUUCCGGACUACCAGAAAAUCUGGGCUUACCACGUGAGCGUGUAAUUAGCAUUUGCAAUAUGGAUAAGCACGAACUCGACGAUUAUUUUCUACCCGGCGAGGAAGAUGAGAAUUCAGAGGGUGCCGAUACCGAGCUGCUUCAAUAUUUUCAGAUGGGAGACGCUGAGGAAAAACAACUGAAUUCCUUGGAUGCUCUAGCAGAACAGAACAGAAUUCCACAACAGCAACAAGAUACGCAAUUGGCAACUGGAAAUGGAGUAGCCGUGAGAGUAAUGCAAUUGAAUGAUGGAAUUGGGGCGAUACCACCAGCUGUAGCUACAGAAGGUGUAUCCUCCUCUUCCGUUUCAAUUGCAUCAUCGAUGGCCAUGCCAUCGCCUCAGGGUUUCAUUCAGGCCACUUCAAGUCAGUCAGCGAUUAAUAAUAAUGUGGGUUCUGCCUCAGCGUCUCUGGCUCUAAUGUCAAGAAAGCAUCAACAACAACAAACGCAGCAGCAACGUGCCAACCUUAAUCCGAAUAAGCGUAAAAUUAGCCUAAGCAAUGCUUCCAGCAAUGGCAACAACAAGAAUUGCAUCUUUUUGCCAAUAUCACCAAACAUCAAUGCCACAACGGCUGUUAUCCAACAGUCAACGAAUCCAAACAACAAUCCCUCCAGUAGUAAUCAGCAGAACUGUUUUGCCAGCCCCGGUCUCAGUCGGAUGCGUCAGAUGCGCUCACAGCUCUCGCUGACGGGCAAACAACAAUCCCUGGACUUUGAUAAUGGACGUGACCCCAUGAUUGGGGCAACACGGAAACGUCGCAGCUAUGUGUAUAGCUAUCCCAGUGCCAGCACGACAUCAGCCUCUGCUCCACCAAGUCCAUCUCUGUUGCAGCAUUGCAAUGCAAUGGGUCCAAGCACCACAACAACAUGGCCUAUAUCGGCUUCUUGUACAAAUUUCUCGGAAAAUCCCGGUGUAGAUGCCAUGGAUCUGGAGACAAGUCUGGCCUUGACUGGCAAUGGCGAUGAUGAUUUGGAGCUGACCGAAAUUCAGCGUUCACAAUCGGUGCCAUUGUCCCAAUUGCAUUCCCGCACCAGUCCAAAUUUCAAUCGUCAGGUUAGUUUCUAUUCCGAGAAUAGCCAAAGCAGUCAACAACCCAUCAAAGAUGUGGAUGUCGAUGUAGAUACGGGUCUACUCUACGAUGGCGUCGAUGUUAGUGCACUGAUCUCGCCCAGCUUUAACAAUAAAUUCAGUAGCAUUGCCCAGCAAACGGGCGGCACAACUUGCAGCUCAUCGACUGGCUCAUCAUCGGGCUAUAGCAGUGGUAGCGGUGGUAGCAUAGGAAUUGUUUCCCGUUCCGUACCCUCAACGCCAUUGCCACAUCAGCACCUGAAUGGCAGUUCCCAUUUAACGAAUGUCGCAAAUGUCGCUAUUCCUGGCGACGUGACGCGGACAGCUUCAAAUGGUUUCUUUAAUAUCUCUCCAUCCUUUAAUUGGGGCAGCCAUCAUCAGGUCACGCCUGCUAACACUUACUCAGCUGCAGCUCCAGCAACUUACAGUGCACGCAAUUCUCUGGAUAUAUCCAAAUCUAUGCCAACCACGCCCAUAACAACGCCCUGUUUUCGCUAUAGCCCAAUUGAGAUGCGUAGGGAUUUCCUACUGAAUGGCAAUACCAUCGAUAGUUUGCCCUCAUCGUCAACAACAACAACAGCGACAAGCUUCGUUGGUGGCUCUGGAAACGAUGUAACAGCAGCAGACUCUGUGGCCUUGACUCUUAGUGCGGACAAUUUAAUGGAUGACAGAGCACCGAGUAGCUCGGAUGUAGUUGAAGCCAUAAUUGGUGAUGCCUCCGAUAUACUCGAUAACUUGUAGAAUUUGCCUGAAGAGAAAGCUCAACAAGGAGAUGGAGAAACAAUAAAGGAGCAGCAAGAAAAAGUGACCAACCAGCAGGAGCAGAACGAGCAGGAGGUGGAGCAGGACAAUGUAAUGGCUUGCCUGCUCCAGCAUGUGGACGAUUUGUAGUUUAAACUAUCAUGUCGAGUGUCGUCGUUCGUCUCCUGUCUUUUGUAGUAAUGUCCUUUAUUGUUUCUGAGCUUUCUCUUCGUAAACGAAACACCCCGUUUUCCUCCCGCAGUUACCAAGGUUUCGUUUACACAAAAGGAUCAAUUCUUUGGAACCACCAUCCAUUUAUCAGUAAGUGUUGGUUUUAGAUGGUUGAUCUUAUAAAAAGAUUUACUUUAAAUCUAUAUGGAAACAAAAACAUUUUCUGGCUGGACCAACUAACAAUGAACAAACUCAAAACAAAAAAAAAAAACAAGAAAGAGUCAAAAAACACAUCAGAUCUGCCCAAGUCGAACUUUACUUUCAUUAUAAGAUCUACCAGUGCCUUUUAAAGCCAACUCUUAUGUCUAUGUAUCUAUCUAUCGUCUCCCCUCAGGCCGUUGUUGUAUGUAUGUGUA